AUGGCCGGAUGGGUCUGCCGGCGCGGCUGGCCGGCAUUAGGGUUAGCGGCGUUGCUCUGUCUCGGCGCUCUGACGAGAUGCUCGGCCGCUGCAGACGAUGAUGAGGAGGAAACCAUUUCCGGGAAAACGGGAAAUUACCUGUCAGACGCUGCCAAGUGGACAUGGCCAGUGGUCAACGAGCCGGGGACAGAAGCGUCAGUGUACAAGGUUCUCUCCUCCUGGUGCGGCAACGCGUACGAGGAGAUGGUGAAGGACGCAGAGCGCAAGGCGAGGGACCACGAGCGGCUGAAGCUGGAGCGGGACCAGCGGUUUCAGGAGUGGAUGCAGUGCCGCCAGGAGAAGUUCAUUAAAGAGAAGGAGCUGGAGGCGGAGUGUGAGAAGGUGCGCAAGCUGCAGGGGUCGGAGUUUGACAGAGAGAGGCUGGUGAUGCGCGCCGAGUGCGACAUGGAGCUCACUCUGCUGCGCGCCGAGCUGGAUGCCUGUGAGAUCAAGUUGAGCAACAAGGAGCGGGCAGUGUGCGAGAGGGAGGUAGUGGUGGAGCGGGCUCUAUGUGACCAUGCCAAGCGGGGUCUCGAGGCCAACAACACGGCAUGCAAGCAUCGCACGCAGGUCACCGACCUCACGCGCCUGGCGGAGCUAGAAGACACGGCGGAGCAGGCGGCGAGGGACCACGAGGAGUGGGCGGCGGAGAGGGAGCGGCUGCGCAAGGAGCUCAAGGCCUGCCGCCCGGCGCGGGCGCACGCAGAGGCGCGGCUGAGGGAGGUGCUGGCGGAUGGGACGAUUGACUCGCUGGAGCACACCGUGGUGUGGCUGCAGGUGCUGCUGGGAGUGCAGGCGUUGGUGCUGCUUGUAAUGCUCUCCUUCCUCUUCUUCCUGCUGCUGCACGAGGAGAAUCCCACGGGAGGGGGCGCGUAUGGGUGGGUGGCGGUACAGGCGGCAUCCAAGAUGCGCCUGGUGCCAGCAGAGGUGGCCAAAGAAACACUCAUGAAGGCCUUUGAGGGGCGCAGGCGCACACGUCUGCCCAUCGUGCUCACCACUGCUGCCAACUACGAGCCUGACUCUGGCAGCCCCACAUUGGUCUUCCUGCUGGCGCCUGUCAACGUGGCAAGCUCCCGGCGCUUCUCCCUGUUCAACCAUUCGGGCGACUAUGUGACGCACGCAGAGAGGGCACAGGAGAUAGUGGCCAAGGCCCUACCCAAGUCGCGACUGGUGGUGGUACUCUAUGAGGGGUGCGGGGGGCUCUUCACAGAGGCCACACUGGACUCCCUGCGACUCAAACCAGACAAGGUGGCAUACGAGGUGAUCCCCAAGGACAUGGAUUUUCCCAAGAGCCACAACCUGGUGGUGCCAUGGGUGGAUAAGAUGGAGGGGGUGAAGACAACCGACAGUGAGAGGGAGAGCGAUCUGUCCUCCGUGAUUCGAGCGCAGCCGUGGGCCCAGUACCUGUUGGGGAGGAGUGGGCGGAUAGGGCAGAUCGCGUACAUCCUCCCCCCUCCCCCUGAGGACCAACCCACACCAGAUACCACCUCCCCCUCUCCCUCCUCCCCUCCCUACCUCCUCCUCGUCGCCCCCGGCGGCUUCAUCCCCGCUCUCUCCUACCUCCCUGUCAUCCGCGCUAUAAGAUCCGCUGCCCCCUCCUCUCUACGCACGCGCCUGUGGGUGGCCGUACUGAAGGAAACUACCGCAUUGGAUCCCGAGAAAGGGAGAGCGUGGGCGCGGGACGGGUAUGAGGCGGCGGUAGCAGCGAUAAAGGAGAUGGGUGCGGAUGUGACAAAUAGGGGCAGCACCUCGCGCGUGUUUGUGCUGGGACACAGCAUCGGGGCGUUUGCCAUGACAGCAGUGGUGAGAGAGGCGUUGCUGGCGCUCAUCAGCAUCGGCGCGUUUGCCAUGACAUCAGCAUCGGCGCCUCAUACAGCUCCUCCCAUUGCUAUGGCACUGGCAGUCAAGGAGCUGGACCCUGGAUCCUCAGGUGCCCCAGGUGAUUUUUCAGGUGAUUCUUCAGGUGGUUCUUCUGUUGCUGCUGAUGCACCUGGCACGACAGCAGCAGCGCUGGGGCCACUGCUGUCCAUAGUGCAGAAACCGUUUGUGAUUAUAAAGGGCAUGAAUCAUGCGCAGGGGGGGAACGGGGUGGUGAACCGAGAGAGGGGCGACCUGGACGCGUCUCGACCAAUCAAGGAGGUGCGGGAGGAGAUUGGGCGGCUGGUUUCGGCGUUUAUGCUGCUGCACCUGCACUCGGGGAACGGCUGGGCUCCGAUGCUGUUGGCGGGUAGGGAGGGGGUUAGUGGAGGGGUGGGAGGGGAGGGAGGGGAGGGAGGGGAGGAGGAGCAUAUGGCUGAGACACAGCGUAGUGCGGUGAAGGUGCUGCAGCGGGCUGUGGAGUGGUCGUUGGAGUACCUGCGACCAGUGUGGAAGGCCCUGGACGUGGAAAGGGGCGAGCCUCACCAUGUGCUGGUCAGUGCUCUCCUUCCUUCUCCCUUUGGCCUCCCCACCACUCUCCCCUCACACACCAUCUUCCACGCCUUCCUGCCCGACUUCCUCCAGUCCAAGCCCGCCCUCCUCCUCGCCUCACAGGAAAGCCCGUUCCAAAGUAAUUCCUCUCUGGGGGGCUCCUCUCAGGACGGCUCCUCCUCGCCUCCUACCGUGCUGCAGUCUGCAUGGCUGCAAUCGCAGGGUAAGUUCUGGCCGUGCCAGCCGCACACCCUGUGGGUCAAGUGCAAGAGCGCUGCUGCUAUCAGGGAGGCUCUUGGCUUGGAGCUUGCUGGGGUAGAGGGAGACGCAGCAGUGACGCCUGUAGGAGCAGCAGGAACAGAAAAGCCCUCUCUUGAAGCCGCGUUUUCGGCAUGGGCGGCAGCGGCGCCAAUGGAAGUGCGCCACGUGGCGGCGUCGAUCAACGAGGCAGCGAUGCAACGGGCUCUGGAGAUGGUGCACCCGCAUGCGAGAGAGAGGUAUGAGAGAGACGGGAAGAAGGUGGUGUUUGGGGAGGACAGGAUCGUGCCUAUCGAUCAGUGGAUCAAAUCUGAUGUGGAGUGGUCAUUUAAGGAGGGCAUGGAGGGAGAUAAGGGGGAUGAUAAGGAGGGAGGAGUAAUUGGAGAGAGAGGGGUUGUGGUGGUGAGGUCUCCUGUUUUGAUUACUGCUGAUGAGAUUCUUCCUGUGGAGUUGAAGGGGAGGUUUGGGGGAAUGCACUAUGUGAAGGUGAUCACCGUAGCUCGUGCAAUGCAAUGGAUUAUGCUGGAUGCUUUUAGAUACCACCUCCCCUCUCCCUCCUCGCCUCCCUACCUCCUCCUGGUCGCCCCCGGCGGAUUCAUCCCCGCGCUCUCCUACCUCCCUCUCAUCCGCGCUAUAAGAUCCGCCGCUCCCUCCUCUCUACGCGCGCGCCUGUGGGCGGCCGUACUGAAGGAGAUCACAGUGCCAGACCAGGAGAAAGGGAGGGCGUGGGCUCGGGACGGGUAUGAGGCAGCAGUGAAAGCGGUCAAGGAGAUGGGCGCGGAUGUGGGCAGUGGCGGGUUGGGCACUCCGCGGGUGUUUGUGCUGGGACACAGCUUCACCUCCCCAUUCAGCGUGGGAGCGUUGCUCAUGACCUCAGUGGUGCGUGAAUCGUCCCUCGCCUUUAUCCAGAUUGGAGCAUGGUACAACUCCCAGGAAACUUCGCUGCUGCAAUUCCCAAGGCCCAUUCUCACCAUCCUCGGUGACAGGGACGGCCAGGCUCCCCCCAUCACCAUGGCGCUAGCAGUCAAGGAGCUGGACCCUGGAUCCUCAGGUGUUUUUUCAGGUGAUUCUUCAGGUGGUUCUUCUGUUGCUGCUGCGCCUGGCAGCGCAACAGCAGCAGCGCUGGGACCACUGCUGUCCACUGUCCAGAAACCGUUUGUGAUUAUAAAGGGUAUGAAUCAUGCGCAGGGGGGGAACGGGGUGGUGAACCGAGAGAGGGGCGACCUGGAUGCGUCUCGACCAAUCGAGGAGGUGCGGGAGGAGAUUGGGCGGCUGGUUUCGGCGUUUAUGCUGCUGCACCUGCACUCAGAGAACGGCUGGGCGCCGCUGCUGCUGGCAGGCGACAGAGGGUUGAGAAUGGGAGUCAAUGCGAGCAGUGGAGGGGAGAAAUUGGAGGAGAGUGCGGUGGCGCUGCUGCAGCGGGCUGUGGAGUGGUCCUUGGAGUACCUGCGACCAGUGUGGAAGGCCCUGGAGAUGGAGAGACACGAGCCUCACCACGUGCUGGCCUUCCCCAGCCCUCUCCUCACACACCAUCUUUCAUGCCUUCUUACCACACUCAACCCAUUCACGUUCCCCUCCUCUCCCACACCUUCCCACAGGACGCCAUUCUCUCCCACGCGGGCCUACCAACAUCGCUCCCCUCGCACACCCUCGUCCAUGCCUUCUUACCAGACUUCAUCCGCUCCAAGCCUGCCCUCCUCGCCUCUCGGAAAGAAAAUCUUUCAGGCCCCCGGCCAGGAGGGCUCCUCUCAGGAAGGCCUCUGCCAGGAGGGCUCCUCUCAGGAAGGCCCCUCACAGGAGGGCUCCACCCAAUUCUCCUCUCCUCCAACCGUGCUCCUCCUCCAGUCCGCAUGGUUGCAGUCUCAGGCAGCAGCGCCAAUGAGAGUGCGCCACGUGGCGGCGUCAAUCAACGAGGCAGCGAUGCAACGAGCUCUGGAGAUGGUUCACCCGCAUGCGAGAGAGAGGUACGAGCGAGAGGGGAAGAAAGUGGUGUUUGGGGCGGAUAAGAUAGUGCCAAGUGAUGUAUGGAUCGCAGCUGAUGUAGAGUGGUUGUUUGGGGAGGGAGAGGAGGGAAUGGGGGGAGCAACGGAGGGAGGGAAGGGAUUCAAGGAGGGGAUGAAGGAGGGGGAUAAGGAGGAUGAGGAGGAAAGAGGUGCAGAUGGAGGGAGAGGGGUUGUGGUGGUGAGGUCGCCUGUUUUGAUUACUGCUGAUGAGAUUCUUCCCGCAGAGUUGAAGGAGAGUUUUGGGGGAAUGCACUAUGUGAAGGUGAUUACUGUAGCUCGUUCCCCCCCACUCCCGUCCCCCCCAUUCCCCACCCCCUUUCCCCCCCAUUCCCCACCCUCCUUUCCCCCCCUUCCCCUCCCUUUCCCCCCCUUUCCCCCCCUUCCCCCCCCUUUCCCCCCCUUCCCCCCCCUUUCCCCCCCUUCCCCCCGCCUUUCCCCCCUUUUCCCCCCUUUCCCCCUCUUCCCCCCCCUUUCCCCACCUCCCCCCCCCUUCCCCCCCCUUUCCCCCCUUUCCCCCCCUUUUCCCCCCCUUUCCCCCCCCUUCCUCCUCUCCCCCAUCUUCGCCUUUCCGUCUCUCCCCCGCUGCGCUCCCCGGCGCCACUUCAGCUACCCUGCGUGUGCGCGCUGCACGCGCUCGCUGUCGGAGUACACGGUGAGGGGCCAGCAGGUCGCCACGUGGCGCCCGUGGCCGUGCAGCGAGUGCCAGCUGGCAGACCGCUCCGCGAAGCCGCUUGAGACCAUCGAGCGGCAGACACAUCUGUUCAAGCUCAAGCUGCUGCUGGUGCUACCAGGGGAAUCCCACCCAGUGUCCGGUGUGGCGUUUGACAAGGCGGCUCAGCCCCUCAUAGGCUGCACCGGAUCCCAGUGGACCGCCUUUGUUCGCAAAUACCCCCAUGCAG